GCGCAGGCGUGUUCUUCAUUAUUUCCUGGGUGUUGGUUCGUUCAGCAUAGCGUGAGAAGAAAAACGCCUUGAUUCUUCUUGCAUUGCAUUGGGAAUGGUUACGUAUUAUGCAUUGCAUUACUCCAGUUUUCUCGAGUCCAUAUUAUCGAUGGAUUAGGUUGUUUCCUUUCAUCUCGUGCUUCUUCUACUCGACAUGAUACCCCCGGCGGUGCAUUUACCCAGUUCGUUAAUAUCACUGCAUGCGUCGGCGCUGGCGCGGAUGCUUUGUCUUAUGGAGUGGUGGGCACUGGCUGCAUUGGUUACCAUUGCACUCGACUACUGUCACAUUUUAUCUCUGUGCUUAUUCAGUGUAUCUAGUAUUUAGCAUAAUCGGGCAAUCAUUCAAUGCUGGAAUAGACUGGACAAGUAAGAUGAAUAAGUCAAUUAGUAGAAUAGGAUGGAGGGAUUCAAUCAAGAAUCUUAUUGAUCAAAGAGAUAAAGAAAUAGAUAAAAGAAGAAAAAUGUUGGCAAAGAAAACCAACUCUAAAGACGCCAUUGCCCAUUACCCCAACUCCGUCCAAACCAGGUAUUCGGCCUAUUUCAAUUCGCUCAGUUCAUGAACAACCCAGGUGGAGAGCAUUGCACCCUGGUAGAUCAAGUCAAAUAAAUCAAAAUCAAAGCGUAAUUAGCUCCCAGGGAGCCGAGAAAAGCA